GGAGCGCGAGAGUGAGUGAGUGGCUGAGUGAGUUUACCCCUAUGAGGCGGUGAGAGGCCCGGGGCCUACCUCAGAGGAGCGGGGUCGCGGCGCCAGCUAGCAGCGGGCCCCCUCCCGGUCCCCGGGCCCGGCGGCGCGGCGGCAGCUCAGUUGUGAGGAGGCGGGGAAGCGAGUGUCCGGCCCCAGCCAUGGAGGGCAUGGACGUGGACCUGGACCCCGAGCUGAUGCAGAAGUUCAGCUGCCUGGGCACCACCGACAAGGACGUGCUCAUCUCCGAGUUCCAGCGGUUGCUCGGCUUCCAGCUCAACCCGGCCGGCUGCGCCUUCUUCCUGGACAUGACCAACUGGAACCUACAAGCAGCAAUUGGCGCCUAUUAUGACUUUGAGAGCCCAAACAUCAGUGUGCCCUCUAUGUCCUUUGUUGAAGAUGUCACCAUAGGAGAAGGGGAGUCGAUACCUCCUGAUACUCAAUUUAUAAAAACAUGGCGAAUCCAAAAUUCUGGGGCAGAGGCCUGGCCUCCAGGGGUUUGUCUUAAAUAUGUCGGGGGAGACCAAUUUGGACAUGUGAACAUGGUGAUGGUGAGAUCGCUAGAGCCCCAAGAGAUUGCAGAUGUCAGCGUCCAGAUGUGCAGCCCCAGCAGAGCAGGAAUGUAUCAGGGACAGUGGCGGAUGUGCACUGCUACAGGACUCUACUAUGGAGAUGUCAUCUGGGUCAUUCUGAGUGUGGAGGUGGGUGGACUUUUAGGAGUAACGCAGCAGCUGUCAUCUUUUGAAACGGAGUUCAACACACAGCCACAUCGCAAGGUAGAAGGAAACUUCAACCCGUUUGCCUCUCCCCAAAAGAACCGACAAUCAGAUGAAAACAACUUAAAAGACCCUGGGGGUUCCGAGUUCGACUCGAUCAGCAAAAACACAUGGGCUCCUGCUCCUGACCAAACCGAGCAAGAUGAGAAUAGACUCUCACAGAACUCUGUAAAUCUGUCCCCCAGCAGUCACGCAAACAACUUAUCAGUAGUGACUUACAGUAAGGGACCAGUAAGAGGGACUUCAUUCAACAGUAGUGCAACAGGAUUGAUUUAUUGGUUGGAUGGUCAUUAUAAAGGAUUGUGUGGAAUCAUGUUAGUCAUACAGGAUAUGAGAGAAGUAAAUUGGCAAGGCAAUAAAUGGCUUAUAUUUGAGGAAAGACUUCACAUCUUAAUACUCUAACAAAAGAUUUUCCACUAAGUUCCUAUUGCUCCAGAUUUUUCUUCCUUAAAUUUAACCCUCCAGGGUAUGACUGUUCUGGGUGGUAUAGGCCCUAGGCUAAGCAUGCCCUGUUAGAAGGAGAACUUUAGGGCAGUUGAGUGUAAUGGGAAGAUGAGAGUUGGAGGAGGCAAAACCAGUUGCUCCAGUGCUUUCUGUAAUGGAAGCCCCUUCACCCAACUAUGAACUCCCUGGCUUAGCUAUCACUGUAGUCUUAGGAGAGGGCUGGUGUUCCUGGCCAGUACACUGCACUCUUUUUCCUGAGUUGUGAGCCUGUUUGUUGUUUUUCACUCCUUUAGGGCUUUAAGGACUGAUGCCUUUUAAGUCUGUCAUUGCCCUGGCCCAGGGUGAGGUGGGGGUUGUUUGAAUGGAUUACCUACCAGCCUUAAUUGAGGUCCUGCCAUGCUGCUCUUUUUUGGAAGGGCUGGGCUAUGGUGAGGCUAUUGAGAUAUUUCUUGAGGUUGAUGAACUCAUGGUAUGUUAUGUAAUUUUUUUCAUGAACUCUGUAGAAUCAUUUAGAAAUAACAUUUUCAAGAACCACAGAGAAAAGGUUCUCAUUGGAGACGAUAUACAAGACUGUUGCCUAUAAUGCAUUGAGAAUAUGGCACUUGGACCCCAAAGAGAAAUCGGAGCCUCCUUUUCUUCUUAAGUUAAGCAGUCCUCUUAAAGCAAGUCCUCUGAAAGCAUUUCUGGCUAAAGUUGAGUCACCUCCACCUCUUAGGGCUCCUUAGAAAUGGGGUAGGGUAUAGAUAGUUAUCAGAAAGUACUUAUUAACACAUUUCUGCACUGAUGUACAGAGCAGUGUAGAUUAUUGAGUAAGGAAACUUGAAGAAUAAAAGAAGUUAUCCCUACCAACCAGCAGCUCACAGUACAGUAGGGGAGAUGAAACACGCAUACAAUUCAGUCAAGAUGAAGUAUGAAUUUGGUCAGUAGAGCACAGCACAGUCAAAAUGUAUAAUUUGUGUGCAUGGCUGGGGGUUAGAGUUACGUAAGGCAGAAAUGAAGUAGAGAUGGAGUUGAUGGAAAGGGCUUUUCAAAGAAUGGACAGAUUUGGAAAGACAGGAGGGAUGAUGGUAGGAGAACAGUUGAAGUGCUGAGGGCAGAAUACUGAGUAAGGGAUGUGUGGUCAGGAGAUACGGGUGAUGGACAGUGGGAGAUACAUUCAGUUGGUUGCAGUGUGUUCCUUUGGAUGAAGUAAUUUGAUGAAAAAAUUUGGAUGAAAUAAUUACAAAUGGCUUCGAAAAGAAUUGGAACUAUACUUAAAUGAAUACCUUAAGGCAGAGAUAAUUCAUGAUUCUAAGCAUUUGUGUUUGGCUUGAGAAUAUAGAUUUAUUUAUUUUUAAAGGCAAGAAUACUUGAGGUUCUGAAGGGCUAUAAGUGGCAAGAUCAGGUAUAUACUAGAGUUAUGUUUUAACCGUUCCUAUGUGCCAGGUAAGUGCCAAGUACUUUACAUGUAUCAUCUUCAUAUUUUGGUAAGAAAAUAAAAGCUCCGAGGGGCUAAGUAACUUACCUCAGUAUCACACAGCUAGCAAGAGGCAGAACUGGGAUUCACAUCCAGGCACCACGUUACUAAAGGUAUUAGUAGGUGAACCUGGGCUUUCCUUAGAUCUUCCUGUUGGGAUGGAGGCUGUGUUGAGCGAAAGCAUUAACUGAGUUGAUGAGCAGUGUCAUCAAGGUGUGAAAGAAGCAGAGUUGAAAUAAGAUAAGUGGCUCUAAUGUAAACUGAGGAUUGCGUGUGGCGUCUUUUUUUUUUUUUUUUGAAGAGUUCCCCUGUUUGUUGAGUCUUUAAAGUAGUGAUUUCUUUUUCUGGUUGGUAAAAAUAAAAACUUUUUAAACUCUCAGGGUGUACCAACCAUGUGGGCUUAAUAAUAAAUAGCCCUUUUUAUUUAUGAGUGAGUGGAAAGGAUGAGAGCCCCCUAGAGCGCUAGAGUUGGGGCAAGUGUGUUCAGUUCACACCAGGUGCCAUCUUUAUUGGAUGGGUUGGAGGAGUACCUGAUGCCCUGGUAUCAGGGAUCACUGAGUUGGCAAUAGAUCUGAUUUACUCUAAAGAAAUUCCCUGCCUGCCCUGAAGGCUGGGAAAGAACAUGACGCUCUUGGAAGCCCAUGACCACAGUUUUAGUAGGUAGAUAGUUUCCUGCUGUCUCCAUAGUUACAGUUUAACUUGCUAAGGUUGGUAGGAUGAAAUGAAAAGGUUGCUUCAUGCAUCUUAUGUGAGGGUUGGGUGAAUGUCAACAUAAUGGCCCAUCUGUCAGUGCCAGGAACUGGACACCCCUGGAGCCCUUCCCCAGCUACCCUUGAAUAACCCAUAAACUCUCCGGACCCAGUGCUCUGUGCCACAGGCAGGGGUGGUGGGGGGAGAAUGGGGAAGCUCUGGGUGGGAACGUCUGUCCCAGCUCCAUCCCACAACAUCCAGAGGGCCUGGGCCUUCCCUGUGUGAGAGCUGUCAGAGGGAGUCAGAAAGGUGAGCAAGUAUAUGUUGACCUGCUCCAAGGAUUCAUAAAUCUGACUCCAUGCUUUUGUUAAAGAUUGGCUGGCCUCAUUGUCAGCUCAGUUGUGGCUGACCUGUCCCAGGUGAACAAUCAGACCAAGUAUUGGUGAAGAUUAGGUGCUGUUUUAAUGAACGCUUUUUAUGUGAUUAGCCCAAGAGCCUCUGAGGACAAACAGUCACAGUAGGGUAGGUGUUCACUCUAUGGACUCAAGGCUAGUCUUGCAAUGAAUUCUAACUGUGACUCAUCUCUGGAGGCUGGGACAGCUUCUGUUUGGACAGUGGUACAGUAGCAAAAAACAAUCUGUAGAGGUGUGGAAGGAGAAAAUAAGUCAUAUUGAAAUUAGGUACUUCUUUUUCUUACUUGCCAGUAAUUUUCACAAUUUCUCAAUGUUUUCUAAGAAGGCCUUACAGAGGAAUAAGACACCAACCAAAUGGUCUUAUUCAGGACAGCUGGGAAUAAGAGUGUGACACCAGGGUGUUCUUCAGGACAACCCAAAUGCUUUGCUUCCUUUCUCUGAAGAGUAAUGAUUUACACUGGGGGAGCUGAAAAGAAUCCCAAAUUCAUUUAUUUUGUUACUUGGACUAUACGUCUUAUUUUGUGUUUGCUCUUAUUUUUUUAAAAAAAUGUUUGGAGCUGGUGUUUGUCAUACUCUCCUCCUUUAAACUGAUUACAGCCUGAGCCACUGUUAUUACUUCCACCAAGUGCUGGUUCAAAGGAGAAACGUGUUAUUAUCUUUGGGAGAGGUUCCUCAUGCUUGUCAAGCGUCAGUCCCUGCCGAGUGCCAUCUGCCCUGCCUGCCCACGUUUGCACCUGCUUUUCCUCCUCUCUCUCUCUGACAGUCACCCUUUAGUGUGUUUUGGAUCUGGAGCUAGAGAAGUUAGUCUGCUUUUAUUAUAUCAGAAAUCAACUCUCUUCUAACCUGCUGCUGUCUGUGUUGACUAAGGCAUUGGAAGAGUUAAUUUCUCUCUGUUUAGGUUUAGAAAUGUAGUAGAGGUUACAGGGAGAGGUUUGGAAAAGGCAAAUAUUUUGCUAUAUGGGCCUGAGGAUGUAAUGGCUUGUGGAUCUUAUUAUCUACUUUGAAGUAGCCAAUCAGUUUAAUAUAAUAAUAAGGGAUGAGUUUAAUAAGGAUGGGCCCAACAUCUGCUCAGUUCAGAGCGCACUGAAUUUGACCCAAAAGCAGGUGGUUGGUGUCCUUAGCUGAGCUAAUGGCAAUAGAGGGCAGUAUAACCUUCCCACUGCCAUGAAACCUGAGUCUUCGUUCUCAGGUGCAGACCCUUUCCCUGAAAGGUUUAAAGAUGGCUCAAAGAGAAGCUGGAAGGAAAACUCGUGUCACUUGAUAUUCUAUCCAACUUGUGUUCUCCUCUGGCAAGGGACAGGUAGCAAAUGCACAUUACUCCCAGGUGGCGGCCACGGGAGUGCAGUAAUCAGAGCUGUAAAGCUACCGUUCAUUAAGCACUUACUAUGUGCCAGGCACUGUGCUGAGGAUUUUUUAAAUUUAAUUUUUAUUGUUAAAAUGAUCAAUGUACAUAAUUUAAGGAGUCAAGUAGAUCUACAAAGUUUAUUACAAAAAACGCUAGUCACCUCCCUGCCUCCCAGCCCCCAGUAUUUGUUCCCCAGAGGCAGAGGCAGCAGUUUGACAUGCAUUACUUCAUUUAGUCCACACAACAGAACCAUGAUACAGGCACUGUCAUUAUCCCUAUUUACAGCUGCUGAGACUUGAGGUUCACAGGUUUCAUGACCUGCCCAAGGUCAUGCAGCUAGAAAGUGGUAAAACAAGGAUAUGAACAAAACCAGUUGUUUUUGACUCCUGAGCCUGCUCUCUUAUGAUCCACUACAUUGCUUCCUAGUUACAAAUAGUGUUCAGGUAUGUAUUUUUAUCAGCUGAACUGACAGCUGUGGGCUAGGGAGAGCAUGCAUGCUUUCUGUAGUACACUGCUGCAUUUCAAAUGAGGAUCAAGCCAAUUAUUGGCCAGCUAUUAUGUGACUUCUCUACUGCUAAACCCCUUCUCUCCACAUGCUGUUAUCUAUGGAAGCUACAGAAAUCAGCCUUUCUCUCCAGCCUCUAUGAAGGGAAAAGAUUCCCUAGAACCUCCAUGGUCACUUGGGUUUAGAUUUUUGGUGACAUUGAAAUUUCCAUUAACUCACUUUUGUGACAGCAGCACCUAUACCUCUUGAAGUCACCUGUCUAUUCCUGAUUGUGGCCAAAAGAUACAGUCUCUGGAGUUUUCCAUUUUUCUGUAAUGAAUUUAACAUCUCCCUUUGAACAUACUUAGUAUUUUAAAAGUAGAACAUACUUAGGGGUGAUCUAACUCCCUUUAAAGCCAGAUUUAGUUUCUGCAAAGGCCGUCUGGAGAAAGAAUAUUUUACAGUCAGUACAAGUCCUGAGGUAGAAGUUCACCUGGUUUGUUCAAGACCAGAGUGGGUAGGAACGGGGUAGAGGGAAAUGAAGUCAGGGGAUGAAAACCAGAUCAUGGAAGGAUUUGUGGCCUUUGUGAAGCUUUGGGCUUUUGCACUGAGGGACAGAAGGAACCACUGAAGGAUUUUGAGCAGAGGGGUGAUGUGGUCUGACUUCAUGCCAGAGAGUAAAAGGAUCACUCUCUGGCUCUCCUGUGGAGAGUACAGGGCAAGGAUAGAAGCAGGGGACCAGUAGGGAAGUUAGUGCAAUCAUCUAGGUAAAGAGAAUGGGUGUUUUGGACCAGAUUGGUAGCAGCAGAGGUAAAAGAGGUCUGUGUCUGGAUCUGGUUUGUUAGCUAGAACUAACAGGAUUUGCUAAUGGGUUGGAAGCGGGGUGUAAGAGGGAAUAAAUGAUGACGCCAAAGUUUUUGGCCUGAGCAAAUAAAA